AAAGUGUAUUAUAGGAAAAAUAAAAAAAUUCUGUUGUGAAUUAAAAUAUAUUUUUGAUGAAAUUUCUAUAUUAACGCGGCCGGUUUUUAACUCUGGGGUGUAAAGGUGGACCGUGUGAGGAUGUGUAGGUAGUGCUGUUGGAGAUCCAGGAGACGCCAUGUCAGAGGAGGCGAUCUCAGAGAGUGACCUGGAGCCCAGUCUGAACGGUGAGGAGGAGGAGGAGGUGGAAGAGAUGGCAGGAGAAACCGACGGAGAGAACGAUGCUGAUGAUGAUGAAGACGACGACGAUGAUGAUUAUGAUGAUGAUGGCGACGAUGAAGCAGACCGACCGGAGGCGGAGGAGAAGGGGACUCGGUCGAGCCCUGGCCCUUCCUCCCGCUCCAGCGGCUCCUCCAGACCCUCCUCCGGGUCCUCGUCCAGGUCCUCGUCCAGACCCUCCAGCCCUCAGGGGUCCCGGGGAGCCGGCGCGGCCGGGGAUUCGUCCCAGAAGAAGAAAGUAAAGAAGAAAAGUUGCACGCUGGCCAAACCCGCUCACCUGAGGAGGAACAUCAGGAAGCUGCUGGAGGAGCAUCAGCUGGAGCCGGGAACCAAAGCGGCGCAGCAGGAGGAGCUGGAGAGACGCAAACGCCUGGAGCAGCAGAGGAAGGAGUACUCCCUACCCAUCGUGGACAUGCCGCCCCUGGUGGCCAUAGAGAAGGGAGAGAUCAUCUGUCUGGACAGCAGUGGAGAUGAAGGAGAGUCUAGAGAACCUGUAACCCUUCCCAAACCAGAACCAAGAGAUGACGUGAUCGAGCUGAGCUCGGGUGAUGAAGGUUCCUUCCACAUGACCGAAGACGACGAGCGCUCGUGCUCGCCCGGGACCGAGGAGAGCAGCGGCUCGCACAUCAACGACGUCCUGAACCAGCCGGACGCUCUGGGACGAGUCCUGGUCAACAUCAACCACCCGGCGGAGGAGGAGGACCUGUUUCUCGGCCCGCAGCUCGCCCGGGCCGUCAAAUCCCACCAGAUCGGCGGGAUCCGUUUCCUCUACGACAAUCUGGUGGAGUCUCUGGAGCGCUACAAAACCAGCAGCGGGUUUGGGUGCGUCCUGGCGCACAGUAUGGGCCUGGGCAAAACCCUGCAGGUCAUCUCCUUCAUCGACGUCCUGCUGCGGCACACGGGCGCCCGGACCGUCCUCUCCAUCGUGCCGGUGAACACGCUGCAGAACUGGUUAGCCGAGUUUAACCUGUGGUUACCCGCCGCCGAGUCCCUUCCUCCCGAUAACGAUCCGGCCGUGGUCGCCCCCCGGACCUUCAGAGUUCACAUCCUCAACGACGAGCACAAGACGACGGUGGCCCGGGCGAAGGUCGUGCAGGAGUGGAACCGCGACGGCGGCGUCCUGCUGAUGGGAUACGAGAUGUACCGCCUGCUCUCGCUCAAGAAGAGCUUCGUGUCGAGUCGCAAGAGGAAGUCCAAGAAGCCGGCCGGGCCCAUCAUCAUCGACCUGGACGAGGAGGACCGGCAGCAGGAGCUCAUGGAAGACAUCGAGAAGGCGAUUUCGCGGCCCGGCCCGGACGUGGUGAUCUGCGACGAGGGCCACCGCAUCAAGAACUGCCACGGCAGCACGUCGCAGGCGCUGAAGAACAUCCGCUCGCGCCGGCGCGUGGUCCUGACCGGCUACCCCCUGCAGAACAACCUGAUCGAGUACUGGUGCAUGGUGGACUUCGUGCGGCCCGACUUCCUGGGCACGCGGCAGGAGUUCAGCAACAUGUUCGAGCGGCCCAUCCUGAACGGCCAGUGCGUGGACAGCACGCCGCAGGACGUCCGGCUCAUGAGGUACCGCAGCCACGUCCUGCACAGCCUGCUGGAGGGCUUCGUCCAGAGGCGCGGUCACGACGUCCUGAGCACGCACCUCCCCUCUAAAGAGGAGCACGUCAUCCUGGUGCGCCUCUCGCCCGUACAGAGGGCGCUCUACAAGGAGUUCAUGAACCGGUUCCGUGAAGCGGGGAACAGCGGCUGGCUCGGGCUCAAUCCUCUCAAGGCUUUCUGUGUGUGCUGCAAGAUAUGGAACCAUCCGGACGUCCUGUACGAAGCGCUGCAGAAGGAGAACCUGGCCAACGAGCAGGACCUGGACCUGGACGACCUGAACGGCCCCGGAGCAGCCCGCUGCCCGGGGUUGAAGGGCAAGUCCUCCGACCAGACGGGCACCAAGCUGACGCUCGCACCUCUGCAGGAGCGGACCAAUCAGGUCAUCACCUACGAAUGGGCGAAGGAAAUCAUGAGCAGCUACCAGGCGGGCGUUCUGGAGAACUCGGCCAAGAUGGUCCUGCUCUUCCACCUGAUUGACGAGAGCGUCAGACGAGGAAACAAAAUCUUGGUCUUCAGUCAGAGUCUGUCCACACUGUCAGUGAUUGAAGCCUUUCUGACCGUCAGACCCAUGCCCAUCAAACUGGAGAACCAGAACCAGUCGCAGAACUGGGUCCGCAGUGUGAACUACUACAGAUUGGACGGCAGCACGUCCGCCACGGAGAGAGAGAGACUCAUCAACCAGUUCAACGACCCAGCAAACACCUCCACCUGGGUCUUCCUGCUGUCCACCCGAGCGGGGUGUUUAGGCGUGAACCUGAUCGGGGCGAACCGGGUGGUGGUCCUGGACGCCUCGUGGAACCCGUGUCACGACGCCCAGGCCGUGUGUCGGGUGUACCGCUACGGUCAGCACAAACCCUGCCACGUCUACAGGCUGGUGUGUGACUUUACCCUGGAGAAGAAGAUCUACGACCGCCAGGUCUCUAAGCAGGGCAUGUCCGACCGCGUGGUGGACGACCUGAACCCGGUCCUCAACUUCACCAAGAAGGAGGUGGAGUCUCUGCUGCACUUUGUGGAGGAGGAGCCGGAUCCUGACCAAUCGGAGCUGCUGGUCAGCGACGACAUGGAGGCGGUCAUCAAGCAGGCCUGUCUGCGCUACCCUCAUCUCAUCACCAAGCAACCGUUCCAUCACGAGUCCCUUCUGUUGGACCGCAAGGACCUGAAGCUCACCAAAGCGGAGAAGAAAGCUGCUAAGAAGAGUUACGAGGAUGAGAAGAGGGCGUCGGUGCCCUAUCAGCGGCCCUCGUACGCACACUAUUACCCAGUCAGCGAGCAGAGCCUCGCCAACCUCAGGAACUGGCGGCCGGGGUCGCGGUUGGACGAGAAGCCGAUCGCCAGCGUGCAUCCGGUCCAGUCCACUCCCAUUCCCAUGAUGCCUCGGCAGGCCGGCGUGGGGAACCCCGGCUCCAGCUCCACCUUCCCCGUCAACUACCUGCAGAAAGCCGGAGUCGUCGUUCAGCGCAUCGUCACUACCACUGAUAUCGUGAUCCCCAGUACGAACAGCUCGACGGACGUCCAGGCGAGGAUCAGCGCGGGCGAGAGCAUCCACGUCAUCAAAGGAUCGAAAGGUACGUACAUUAGGACCAACGACGGGCGGAUCUUCGCCAUCCGCUCCGGCAAGCCGAGAACCAGCGACGGAGCUGCUGCUGCACCCAGAGAUGUGGGCGGUUCUCUGCAUCGUUCGGUGAGUAACGGGUGGGCGUCGCCCCCCGAGCCCAAGCGCUAUUCCCCGAGCGCCGCCCGCCACGCCUCACCCUCCGACAGUCCGGACCUGAUGCCUCUCCGCCACUACACUCCUAACCCCGUCGCCCCGGUCACCCCGUCCAACCACGUCACCCUGCUGGACACGCAAGACCGCCCCGCUCGGCCUAGCCACGCCCCCGACCCGGACGUCGUCUGCUCAGGCCCCGCCCUGGACAUCCAGAACUUGAAGAGGAAACUCGUGGCGGACAACCGGGCGUCCAAACGGAGCGCCUCGUCGGCCGCGAACUACGCACGCUUCCCCAUGAGCGCCGGCUUCGGCGCGCCCUCCAUGAGGCUGCACCCGGCCCUGCUGGGCGCCCUGGGUCACACAGCUCCACCCGCAAUGGGCGGCACCAACCAGGGUCACUUUUUACCUGACUUGCAUAACGUGUACCCUGACGGAUUGAGCUCCGCCCAUUCCUCCUCCUCCUUCUCUACGAACACGACGUCCAUGGCGUCCUCGUCCUCUGCGCCGUCGCUGUCGUCCUCCGCGCUCCCGCCGUACCUGUUCAGCCCCGGCGUGCUGCCCGGGUUCCCGUUGCCCUACGCUCAGCCGCUGCUCCCGGACUCCUCCCGGAUGUUCCCCGGCUCUCUGUCGUCCACCUCGUCCGGCUCCGCCGCCGCCGCCCCCUCCUUCCUGUCCUCGUCCAGCCUGCUGGGGGCGGCGCUGAGUCGGCCCGCGCUCGCCGAAAACGGAGGGAGCAGCUCGGAUGACGACGUCAUCGAAGUGACCGGGAAGUGAGCCCUGAUCGGUUCGGACCGGAUCGUCUGUGAACGCACCAAGGACCGCGGCGCCACGCCCGGAUCCAAAAUAACAAAGGAAAACAUUCGAGUAGAGACGUGUAGCUGUUUAUCAUCAGCUGUGAUUGGCUGUGUUUGUUUUGUCGGACCAUGUGGGGCUCCGUGAUGGAUUGGCGCCACGUCCAGGGCCCCGACACGCCCGGAUAAUACGAUGGUUCGAUUAAAACAAACAUAAAAUAAAACUGUAGAACUGGUAGCAUCUCCCCGACUGAUGGAGAAACUCGUGACUUACAUGCAGUUGUUUUUUAUUUGUGUAGUCACUACGUUUAUUAUUAUUAUUGUUCUUUUUUGUUGGUUUUGUAUAUGAACUGUGAUCCUGAUGUGAACUCGGUGUCAUUUUAUCAAAAUAAAAUCCACACGCAGGAUUAAACACCUUUACUUUGUUUUAAUAGGACCGAUGAGGCACGUGCUGAUAAUCGGCCGCUUAUUGUAUCGUGAUACGAUAUACAGACACAUUAACAGUAUUGAACUCAUGUGUUUCAGCCACAGCAGUUACUACCAGGUAAUAAAUCAGUAUAUAAAGGAAGUUUAGGGAAGGUCCUUUCCUGUUCCAGGACCGAAGCAUGCACAGAGCCCUGAGCUCAGCCUCACUCAACAGCUCUGGGAUGAACCGGAACAUCAAAAGCUGUCAUCUUUUGACUGAACGGGGCACAAAUUCCCACACACAGACACACGUCGCAGUCUUGUGGCUGUUGUUCUCGCUGAAAAGGUCAAUUAGGGAUAUUCCACAAGCACACCAGCGCCGAGAUGCCACCGGUCGACUGGGCGCCAUCUAGCGAGCAUAGUCGGCAGUGCCUGCAGCAGACACGUCUCUGCUAGGGCGGGGUGACCGGACUAUGUGUGUGGGGUCUUCAAACACUGUCCUUCAAAGGACCGUGAUUGGCGGAUAGAAGCGCCUGUGCAAGAGAGUGCAUGGGUUGAAAAGGGUUCCGCUAAGGCCUGCACAUGGGUCGGAGGAGGUGCGGGCAGCAAUGUACCCACCUCGACUGCAAUCAGGGAUCCACCAGCAGCGGAAGACAGAUUGGCUACGAUAAACUGGGACAAAAAUGCUGAAAUAAAAUAGAAAAAAAGGUCAAUUCAUGUUUGCUCCACAAACGCAAACAUGCCAGAUUCCUGUGCUAAAUGACCAGUGCUUCAGCCUCAGGGCGGUUAGUGAGCGCUGACUUGAAUCUAAUGGUCAGCGUUAGGACGGACGUGUCUUUACUUCAGAUGUUAAAGCGGCGUCUCAUGAGCUAACGGUUGUACCCGCCGUGGUUCAGACCCGUUAAAACAACACGCGCGCGCGCUCGUUAAGCUAAUGCGCUGAUGCGGGGUCGAUUAUCAGCACGUGCCCGACGGAAACCACGAAUGUAACUCAGCCUCCGGAGCCUUGUGGUGGAACCUUAGCAUUUAGCGUUAGCCUUACGCCAGUCGUGUAGCGGUCCGUUUCUCAGCGGGUGUCGGUGUUUCAGAUCUGCUCAGACGAGUGUGUGUGUGUGUGUGUGUGUGUGUGAGGCUGAUAGCGCGCUAGACCAAACUCUGACUUGUGGAACUUGUGUGAUGCUAAGCUGCCCCUGGCACCCACGUAUGACUAGAGCUCGCUAAUUAGCUUCAUUUCAUGUAACGUUGGUAAGCGUAAUGUUUGGAGCGUAGCAGAGGGUCGGCGGGUCGGAUCGGGACCUUGUGUGAUGUCGAGGCAGGACAGAGGAACUUUAUUUAUAUAGCGCUUUUUACAAUAGACAUUGUCUCAAAGCAACUUUACAAAAUCCAGGACCAACAGAUACAAAAACCAACCGUCCCGGACCCUCACGCCCCGCCGGUCAGCUGACUGUUAGCUCUGUGCCGCUUGGACGGUUGGCGGCACCUCUUUCAGACUCCGCCCACUGGUGUUUUAAAAGCCGACGCCCACCUUAACGCUGUUCUGACGUCCUGAUAGCGUUUUUUUUUUUUUUUUUUUUUUUUAUCCUUUGAUGUCUGAUUUGAUCAAAUGUAUUUAUUUAUAACGGAUUCACUUCUGACUCUUUAUUUUUCUACAUUCGUCUGUUUUUUUGUAAGAAAACAAACUUCGUUUGGACAGAAAUUGUUACAGCUCCAGGAUUUUGAGCGUCUUUGUUCUGGUGUGUUCAAGAAAGACCGGUGUCUGACACACACACACACACACACACACACACACACACGGUAGUGAUCUAGAGCCUCGUCGGCCGGUGUAUUUAACACUCUGAGCAGGAGAUUAAAACCACGUUGUAUUUAUUUCAUGUUGUUUUAACAGAAAAUAAAUUCAGCCCUUCUUGCUGUAACUGAA